UCCAGCAGCGGCCGCGGGGGGAGCGAGGAGCGCGGCGGGCGGCGGCCGGAGGGGACCAUGGCCGGCGGCCGGAGGGGACUGGUGGCCCCGCAGAACACGUUCCUGGAGAACAUCGUGCGGCGCUCCAACGACACGAACUUUGUGUUGGGGAACGCCCAGAUAGUGGACUGGCCCGUCGUGUACAGCAAUGACGGCUUCUGCAAGCUCUCCGGCUACCACCGGGCAGAGGUGAUGCAGAAAAGUAGCACUUGCAGCUUCAUGUAUGGGGAGCUCACCGACAAGGACACAAUUGAGAAGGUGCGGCAGACCUUCGAGAACUACGAGAUGAAUUCCUUCGAGAUCCUCAUGUACAAGAAGAACAGGACGCCUGUGUGGUUCUUUGUGAAGAUCGCUCCCAUUCGAAACGAGCAGGAAAAAGUGGUUUUGUUUCUUUGCACCUUCAGCGACAUAACAGCCUUCAAGCAGCCCAUUGAGGAUGACUCAUGCAAAGGCUGGGGGAAGUUCGCCCGGCUGACCAGAGCGCUGACCAGUAGUCGGGGGGUCCUGCAGCAGCUGGCGCCCAGCGUGCAGAAGGGUGAGAACGUACACAAGCACUCCCGCCUGGCAGAGGUGCUGCAGCUGGGCUCUGACAUCCUCCCCCAGUACAAGCAGGAGGCGCCCAAGACGCCCCCGCACAUCAUCCUGCACUACUGCGUCUUCAAGACCACGUGGGACUGGGUCAUCCUCAUCCUGACCUUCUACACGGCCAUCCUGGUGCCCUACAACGUGUCCUUCAAGACGCGGCAGAACAACGUGGCCUGGCUGGUGGUGGACAGCAUCGUGGACGUCAUCUUCCUGGUGGACAUCGUGCUCAACUUCCACACCACCUUCGUGGGCCCGGCGGGCGAGGUCGUCUCCGACCCCCAGCUCAUCCGCACCAACUACCUCAAGACGUGGUUCGUCAUCGACCUGCUGUCCUGCCUGCCCUACGACGUCAUCAACGCCUUCGAGAACGUGGACGAGGGCACCAGCUCUGACCCCGUCUCCCCCCAGGGCAUCAGCAGCCUGUUCAGCUCGCUCAAGGUGGUGCGGCUGCUGCGUCUGGGCCGCGUGGCGAGGAAGCUGGACCACUACAUCGAGUACGGGGCGGCGGUGCUGGUGCUGCUGGUGUGCGUGUUCGGGCUGGCGGCGCACUGGAUGGCCUGCAUCUGGUACAGCAUCGGCGACUACGAGAUCUUCGAUGAGGACACCAAGACCGUGCGCCACAACAGCUGGCUGUACCAGCUGGCCCUGGACGUGGGCGCCCCCUACCAGUUCAAUGGCUCGGGCUCCGGCAAGUGGGAGGGUGGGCCCAGCAAGAACUCCGUGUACAUCUCCUCGCUGUACUUCACCAUGACCAGCCUGACCAGCGUGGGCUUCGGCAACAUCGCCCCCUCCACCGACAUCGAGAAGAUCUUUGCUGUGGCCAUCAUGAUGGUCGGCUCCCUGCUCUACGCCACCAUCUUCGGGAACGUGACGACCAUCUUCCAGCAGAUGUACGCCAACACCAACCGCUACCACGAGAUGCUCAAUAGUGUGCGUGACUUCCUGAAGCUCUACCAGGUGCCCAAGGGGCUAAGCGAGCGCGUCAUGGACUACAUCGUGUCCACCUGGUCCAUGUCCAGGGGCAUCGACACCGAGAAGGUGCUUCAGAUCUGCCCUAAGGACAUGCGUGCUGACAUCUGUGUGCAUCUGAACCGCAAGGUGUUCAAGGAGCACCCGGCCUUCCGGCUGGCCAGUGACGGCUGCCUGCGGGCCCUGGCCAUGGAGUUCCAGACGGUGCACUGCGCGCCCGGCGACCUCAUCUGCCACGCGGGCGAGAGUGUGGACAGCCUCUGCUUCGUGGUCGCGGGCUCACUGGAGGCCAUCCAGGAUGACGAGGUGGUGGCCAUCCUCGGGAAGGGCGACGUGUUUGGAGACGUAUUCUGGAAGGAGGCCACUCUGGCUCAGUCGUGCGCCAACGUCAGGGCCCUGACCUACUGUGAUCUGCACGUGAUCAAGCGUGACGGCCUGCAGAAGGUGCUGGAGUUCUACACGGCCUUCUCCCACUCCUUCUCCCGGAACCUCACGCUCACCUACAACCUCAGGAAGAGGCUCGUGUUCCGGAAGAUCUGUGACGUGAAGCGGGAGGAGGAGGAGCGCAGGAAGCGCAAGAACGAGGCGCCACUCAUCCUGCCGCCAGACCACCCGGUCCGCCGUCUCUUCCAGCGUUUCCGGCAGCAGAAGGAGGCGCGGCUGGCGGCCGAGCGGGGUGGCCGCGGGCCCGGGGAGCUGGAUGUGGAGCGGGGCGUGCUGGCGGAGCCUGGGGGGACCGGCCGAGGUCCGGCCGUGGCAGGCGUGGUGACCGUGCGCGAGAGCCCCGCCACGCCCGUGGCCUUCGUGCCCGCCGCCACGGGAGGCGCCGACCAUGCCCGGCUGCAGGCCCCGGGCGCCGACGGCCAGGGUCCCAAGGCGGCGGGGGCGGAUGGCCGGCGCCGGGGCUGGGCCCGCUUCCGCGAGGCCGGCCGGCCCGAGGACUGGAGCGGCGUGGCCAAGGCCGAGUCCAUGGAGACGCUGCCCGAGCGGACCCGGGCGGCCGGUGAGGCGCCGCUGCGCAAGACAGACUCGUGCGACAGCGGCAUCACCAAGAGCGACCUGCGGCUGGACAGGGCAGGCGAGGAUCGCAGCCCCGUGCGGCCGGAGGCGCGGGCGGCUUUCGGGCCCAUCCCGGAGCAGGCGCUGCAGACCGCCGUGCUGGAGCUGCGCCUGGAGCUCAAGGAGGACCUGCAGGCGCUGGGCGCCCAGGUGGCGCGUCUGGAGCAGCAGCUGGGCCGGGUGCUGGGGCUGCUGGCCGCCCGCGGGCCCCCCGGUCCCCCCAGUCCCCUUGGCCCCCCCGGCUCCCUGGGCCAGGACUUCGGGGCCGGCUGAGGGCCGCCAACUGGGCCCCGUGGACACGCCCACCUUUCUCUUUUCUCUCCACCUCGUCUCUGAGCCCGGGGUGGGUGCGGUGGCCCGAGGGCUCUCUGUAAAUACUUGCCCCCCCCCCCCACCGCCGUUCUCGGCCCCCUCAGUGCGGCCCCCAGGCCUGGGGUGUUGGCAGGAAGGGGGAACCGGUCUGGAAAAUGUUUUGGGGUCCUGGGGACUCCCCCAGUGUGCACAAGGCAGGUCCCGCCAGAGCCCGAGCCUUGACGGCCUCUGUGAAAGUGAACCUGGUCUUGUGAGAGCCAGUGGCU